GUAGAAAUAGUUCGUCCUGGUGUGCGUAUUCGCGAAACUCCGUGGUCGCGAGGGGUGUGAGCGUUCUCACUAUAAGCGACCGUGUGAGAGACAGAUCAGUAGUAAAGUAUAAAAUAAAGUGUAUGUGCAUGUGUGUGCGUGGACAACAAUGAAGAUGAUGCAGUUCGGCUAAUAGGCGCCGAUAUCGUCUUUAACCUACGACGUCCCUGCUCAUCUCUCUCUCUCUCUCUCUCUCUCUCUCUCUCUCUCUCUCUCUCUCUCUCUCACUCUCUUUCUCACUCUCUCUCUUUCUCUCUCUCUCUCUUUCUCUCUCUCUCUCUCUGUGCCAAUUCGCUGGAAUCGCGUAAGUUCCACGUCCUCGUCUGUGGCGUGGCUGCACCAGACAAUUCUAGGAGCAAGAGAACAAGGGCUAGGUGAAAAGUGUCAGUGGUAUUCUAUGGUCUUCUAAAAUGAGAAUGAUAAACAGUUUGUUGAACUGGCUCAUGCUUUUGCGGAAGUGGUGAUUGUUGAAUGUGGAGUGUGUUAUCACGCUUCUUCAAAAAAGAGUCACAGGACUUAUCGUGUAGUCCUCAACAUCAGGCCUGCCUGCCCAACAUAGAAGUGCCAGUGGCUGAUGAGUUUGUCGAUGUUUUCAAUACCAUGGAUCGUAACACACUCGAUGAGAGAAGAAAAGGACUUGGAGGCUCUGGUGAUCAAUACUCUACCAGUGGAGAUUCUGAGCAUUCAUCUGAUUCCUAUGACUCUCGUCAGGCCAAACAACGUGCCUCCGUAAAAUGGCUCCUGUCAAAAGCAUACAACAAUCGCGUUCCAGAAAAACUUCUGGAGCCCUACUAUCGCGAUCACGAGGAUCAGGAGCAUUUGAAACCACAAAUCGUCCAUGCGCUCUCGAAUGCGGAACUUUACUGCCUGGCACUGGCGAAUAUCUACUCGGAUCCCAACUAUCACAAUCAGAAUCACACUGGCAUCCUACAAGCUCUCGCGCGAAAGGGCGUAUACGUUGCCGAGCCAAAUAGCACAGCGCUUACCGAGACGAUUCUCAUUCAGAAUUCACCACUGAAAAUGUCGGCGCACAUGGCUGUGAUAGAGGGUCUGAUGGUUCUGUACGCGAAGGAGGUGGUCACGGGCGAGCGCGUGGUAGCGGCAAUCCAGCGCUUCGACCCACAGCCCCGAGCAGUCAGCACACCCCAGGACCACGAGCAAGGACUACUGUUGUGGAUCAGUCACGCCUGUAUAGCUCUCAUUGCCAAGAUUCAAGCGGAGGAAAGCGCCGACAAGAGUCGUCUGUUGCCCGAACUACCGCCUCCGAAAGAUUUGCAAUCACUGUGCGAUGGCGUCGGUUUGGCCGCCGUAGUUGCUUACUACUGUCCACAAGAGCUCAAUUGGAUCGAUAUCAGGGUUUCCAAGAGGCCAUCCGUCGCCGAUGCUCUCCACAAUCUCGCCCUCGUGCACGCAUUCUGUACACGAUGUUUGCCUUAUCCGAUCUUCCACAUGCAGCCGGAGGACGUCACUUAUAUGAGGGGGUCCAUGAAGCAAAAUCUUGUAGUUUUUCUAGCCGAAAUGUACAACGUCUUAGAAAUUCAUCCCGCCAAAUGCGUGCGUUACCCCGGCGAGGAUAAAGCGCAACAAUACUUGGACGCGUGCCCGCGCAAUAGUCACGGCGUAGCUCAUAAGCGAAGCCUGCCGCCUACAUGCGUCACUGCAAUACCUGAUUUGAGAAGCAACCUCUCCAUGUCCGCUCCGGGCUUUACAGUCACGAAGCCGUUUGUACAGAACACGGUAAAGAAGUCGCAAUCUAUGUAUCAAACUCCAGAUUCUCAUCCGAGCGACGAAAGAAAAACGACCAGCGAAGAAGCGUUUACAAUGCAUCGAACGAAACAGGUGCCAACGCUAAGCUCGGUAUGCGACGAUAAAACGUCAAUAAGAGCUGAGGCCGCUGGUCGGCCGAGCAACUGGGAAGAACAGAGACGGAGCUCUUAUGCUGGCAGAAGAUCGAGACGCAACAGUGUUACCAAUGCCGAAGACUCGCAACUUACCAUUGAAAACUUCGGAGGGUCCCAAGUGAGAAAAACUCUUGUUCACGAGACCUUAUUAAAAAAAAUUGAGACUAUUAGAGACAAUCUGCACAACAUCGGCCGAAAUCCAGACAAAGUGUUAGGAAAACACGCGUUACGACAUCCACGUUUAGUAGCUGAACCGACAUUGCCAGCGAGGUCGAGUAUCAAGGAUGCCUACGGCAGCGGCGUCCAUCUUAUUCUCGCCGACAACGGCCAUGCGGAUAACAAUUCGCCUCCAAAUUCGUCGCACCUCAGGCGUGAAAACUCUAAUUCGAAUUUGAGACGCCACGUGUCUCUUAAAAACAUUUUACAUUCCACGGAGAACGAAAGCAUCGAAACAAGUACCACUAGAAUGUCGAGCUUUGCGAACCUCAGCAAAAGCUCCGACAAGGGUAUUAAUCUCACAUACAUGGACCAAGAUAAAGAGGAUUCAAAGUACAGUGAUAAGAAGCACGAUCAGAGUAAUGGCAAUGGAUUUGUUGAAAAGAAAACAACUUUUGCAACUCUGCCGAACAUGACGACGUGGCAACAACAAAGUACUCAACAGAAUCAACAAGUUGAAAAGAAUUCCACAGAUGAGAAUGGAAGUACGGUCAUGGCGUCGCAGUUGAACAAUAUACGAUUAAAAUUAGAAGAGAAGAAACGUCACAUCGAAAAUGAAAAGAAGAAAAUGGAAAUAGUCAUGUCGAGACGAAGACAAAAGGUUGGGAAAGCAGCAUUUUUACAAGCUGUUACGAAGGGUAAAGUUAAGUCUCCUUCGUCGUCGACCUCCGGGGGAGAUAGUCCUGUGGAUGCGGGUACCCUAACUCCCCUUAGUUCAGCGCAGGUCGGAGAGUCGAGCAUUAUUGAUGAGUGCUCGUCUUCCACUGCUUCCUCCAUAUCCCAUCAGUUGCCUCAAGAUAAACCUGAACGACCCUUCUCUCUUAAGGAAAUUAGCGAAGAUGUAAAAGAUGUGGAGCACAAAUGGCUGGAUCAAGAAAAUUCAUUCGUGGAAACACGACGAACACCAGACAUCGAAAAUAUGGAUUACGAUCAAUAUCAUCAAUCGUUGACGCAAAUGAACAACAGUCUAAGUGAACUGCAGCAUGAUAUCCAGCGUUUGAAUCAGCAGCAGAUGCAAAUCCAACAGCAGAAUUUACUGGCUCAACAACAACAGCAAAUACAUCAACAAAUGCAACAGUUCCAAAGUAUGAGCCAGCAGCAUUUACAUUCAUAUGGUAUACCUCCACAACCUCCGAUUCCUGCAAGGGUGCAUGAGCCCCAGCAGUCACAAUUUUAUCUUCAUGAUCAACCACAAGUGCCAAGACGUACGUGGGGACAACCACGGCCAAUUCAUUUAGGAAAUGAUGUAGCUACUAUUGGAUAUAAUCAAUCAAUGGACUCUCGUUAUGUUUCUCCUCCCGUAUACCAACAAGAUCCACGGUUGUAUCAAAAUACUCAGCCGUGGGGUGUACCGAUCCAGCAACAAAAGGGCUUCAUUUUACACGAUACAUCACAAGAGCAGCGGUAUCUUAAUGGUGGAGAGCAUAGUCUAUCUAGUAAUCAACAUCAUAUGUCUUCGUAUUCAGCAGCACAAACGCUUUUUAGUCAAACUCCACCGUCUUCAGCUAGUCCUCAACAUCGUAAUACUCAGGUUCAUAGAUUAAAUCAGUUAAUGAGUGACAGUCCUGAUGUAAAAAGACAAAGUGUUCAUCAUAUUCCAAUGUCACAUGAAAGUCCGUUAGAAAAGAGGAUGAAUUCUAUGCCACCGGAAAAUUUAGACUCUUCAAAUAGGUCAUACUUAGGCAAUGAAGAAGAAUUCUCUCAAGGUUUUCGGAAUUUGAAUAUCACAUCCGGUAGUCGAACGUAUAGGAUACCAUCACCAACAAGGCCAUCAAUAUCGAGAAAUUCGUUUCAACCGCAUACAUCUUUACGGGAGAAAACUCCAUCGCCAUCUAGUAACACAGCGGAGGUUGUGCCAUUAGCCCCAAGUAAUGCAGCAGAAAAGGGCUUUUAUAUAUCUUUUGACGAUGCGCCAAAAAAACCAAAGCCUUCCUUAAGAACAAAAAGAGCUUCGCCUAAGAAGGAAAGAAGCGUUUCCGCAUAUUUGGACGAGAAUGACUAUUUGCCGCGUUAUGAUUCACCGCCUGUCAAUGCAACAAUGGAUAGGCCACGUCAAAGUAUAGCACAAAAAGAAACGGAAAGAGAAAAGCAAAUACAAAUUGAAGAACGACAGCAGCAAGAAUUAAGGGAAAAAGAGUUGCAACAACAGAUGGCAAGAGAACGGCAAAGGGAAAAACUUAAAAGUGAAGGGUCGGAUGGCCGUCAGAACAACAGUGUUGGAUUGGUCAUAGGUAACCAGCUUACUAAUCCAGAUCCUAAUUCCAUUGAUGAAAUGGAGAGGAAGAAGGAAAGAAUAAUGAAUUUGUCACUGCAGCGAAGGUUACAGCAAGAGGAAUUGAAAGAACGGAAGGAAGCUGAAGCACAGGCGCGCAAAGAAGAAGAAAAAAUGAAACAAGAAGAAAGAGAGAGGAAGAAAGAAGAAGAAAAAGCUCGAAGAGCUGCUAUUUUAGAGCAAUACAAAUUGAAAAAGGCUAUUGAAGAAGCCGAAAGAGAAGGUAAAGUAAUUGACAAAGAGUUGUUAAAUGCUUUAAAGCCAGCUAAAUUACGGAAUAAAGCUACUCCUAGUCGGCCACGGCCAAAAACGAUUCACGUUGACGCUGGCGCGGAAUUAGAUUCUGGCGCAUUGACACCUGCGAGAGGAAAAAAAGGCUCUUCCUCUAACCUCAGUACAGCAUCGCUGACGUCACCAACGAUGAGGCGAGACUACUACCGAGGUUCACAGGACAGCCUUACCGCGGUACAUCUUGAUGAUCGGCGUUCCGGAUCCCUUUAUCGAGGUGGCAGCCUCAGGGUCUCUUCCGUAGAUUCGCCUGACGACGGUAGAAGUUCAUCGCCUUCUCGAAGCGGCAACCUGUUAGGACGACGUGGCUCGUACAAAACGUCACGAGAUACGCCAGAACCUCAGCCGCAGGUUAGAGGCAGGCCUAAAUACCCGAGUUACCAAAACUUUAAGGGAAGAAAGUCUAGUUCAAUGAUGAAUCUGUGCGAUACAGAUAGCGGACUUGGUAGAGCAACGCCACCGAGACGAGCGCCAAGCCCGGGCAUGGGUAGCAUGCGACACCUUCCUUCACCCUCGGGACCCGGAUCCUUGCCACCUGGGCUCAUGACGAAGCGAAGAGUCUUUGACGACGGCAGCAGCGACAUCAGCAGCACGCCAAGUUCUAUGAUGGAUUACAAUGGUCCACGGCUGUACAAGCAGCCAGCAACAAAGUCAAACAGGAAUAUCAUGUUGAACGCUGUGGAAUAUUGCGUGUUCCCGGGUACAGUUAAUAAGGAGGCGAAGCGAAGGGUGCUAGACGAGAUUUCAAGAUCGGAGAGCAAACAUUUUCUCAUACUCUUCCGUGACGCUGGAUGCCAAUUCCGAGCUCUCUAUUCGUAUUGUCCUGACCGCGAGGAAGUCAGUAAACUGUACGGAACUGGACCGAAGCAGGUCAUCGACAAAAUGUUCGACAAAUUUUUUAAAUACAAUUCCGGCGGAAAAUGUUUUUCCCAAGUUCACACGAAACACCUGACUGUCACCAUAGACGCCUUCACGAUACACAAUAGCCUCUGGCAAGGUAAAAAGGUGAAUCUACCAAACAAAAAGGAUAUGGCUCUCGUCAUAUAGUUUUACACAAAAAAACGAGUUUAAUAUAACGCUACUGUGCCCUUUGUUGUUCAUAGUUACUAUUUUAAUACAGGCCCAUAUUAAAUUAUAAUGCAAGCGUUGCGUUCUUAGUCAGUUUUAUAUCGGAAAUUAUAACGUAGGCGGAGAUUGCAACAACUAAAGUUAAAAAAAAAUUAAUAGGAAACUUGUCAUCAGUCGGUGCUGAUACCUAUGCAUGGAACGAAUGAUUAUUUGGAUGUGCAUACGUUUUUGCGCGUUAAUUUUAUAAAGAAUACGUUGUUCACGGCUUUUUUAUUUUUAUCACGAUUUCGGCGUCAGCACUAGUUUACAUUAUAUACUGUUACGAGACAUAGGUAUUAAAAAUAUAGCAAUUGUUUAUUGUCUGCAAGCUAAUCUCCCGACGACUAACUCGUAAUCGCGAUGUUUCAUCUUGUUAUCUCGCAUAAGUCUAUACAUAUAGUUAGCUAGUUAGUUUAAUGUAUCUGUACAGUUUAUACAUAAAACUUUUUACAUUUCUCCCUUCGAUUUUUGUCGAACCCCCUCCAAAAGAUUUAAUUAAAUUUAAUUACAUCGCAAUACAAUAUAGUAUUUAUUUCUGUUAGCCUUUUUAAACACAAUUAUUAACUAUUACGCACUAAAACAAUACCUCAUUUGCUUGAUAAAUUCAUUAUAAAUUCUCACAACUGGCUCUCCUACACACUCGUUUUGAUUGUUCUUAACAUUAUGCGUCACUUUUUACAUAUAACUUUUUAAUACCGUUACUAAUCAAAGCAACAUUAUUUCGUAUAUUUAAAAAAAAAACAAUUGUUUACUUUAAAUAUUUCUUAAUGUUUAAACUUCGUUUCCAACUUUCGAGCAAUUAAAACAGUGUACUUAAAUAUUAUAAUUUAUAUACCAUGACAUUUAUUUUAUAUAUGUACAUACAUGCUUAUAAAUUUAUGCUAUUUUUUGCGCAAAGAAAUGAAAUUUAUUCAACUUUUUUACAAUAGUAUUUCUUCCGCUAAAAUUAACAGGUAGAGUACGGUUAACGACUGAAACCUUGAUGUACGUUAGUUUAGUUAAAGGAUUUCUUUGAUAAUUUAUUCAAUUUAUAACAAAGACUUUUAUAAUAAUAGCAAAUGUAGGAGUAAUUUUUUAGAUAAUUUCAUUGUAACAAUCAAGCUGAUUUUAUUUUCAAAGUCAACUGCCUAUUCUCGAUCAACAGAAAUUCUACAUAUUUUAUCAAAUAAAUAUUUUAUGAAAUAUAAGCUAAGCAAAUUUUUUUUAUAACAACUAUUGUAUAUGAACGACUGUUUAAAAAUGACUGUCUUGCAUUUCAAAGCAUUGAAUACAAUGAGAAUCAUUCUGAAUUUUAUUAUAAAGUACUUACGAGAUUAGUCAAAUUUCUUAUACGUUUCGAAAUUAAAAGAUUGUUCACGAAAAUGUUUCUAACUAAUGUGAUAGAGUUUACUGUGAUUCUCAUCUAUUUGAAGUUGUGGUGAAAAUCUGCGACUUUCAGUGAAUUCAUCAAAAAUGAUGAAAAUAAUAAUUCUGCAGGAAAGAAUUGAAAAUUCAUAAAUCUCAUGUUUAUAAAAAUCACGAAAGCAAAAAUCAAAUUCAUUCAUACACUUAAAAAACGUAUUAAUGAAAUGUAAACAGUAAUUCAGGUAUGAAUGUUGUGAAUAAAAUUGUAUGCCGAUUGACGUAUUUAAUUCUCUGGCAUAUUGCUUCUUGAUCUAAAGCAUUAAAAAUUUCACAUUCCCAUUGGAAAUUGUAGACUUAUACAACAAAAGGUUAGAAGUGACAUAAAUAAUGUGCAACAUUAUUCAACAAAUCAAUGUAAUUUUUAAUUUUGCUUUAUCAUUUUUAUUAAAACUAAAAUUUGUGCCAUAUUAGCAAUAAAUUUGUAAACAAUUGCAUAAGCAAGUAAAAGCAAAUGAAAUUUUAUAUUGAAUAUAUAUGUAUAUUCAAUAUAUAUAUUCAUAUAUAUAUAUAUAUAUAUAUAUACAUGUAUUAAUACAUAGAAACUUAAAUACUACGCUCAAUCAUCAUGUAAAUAACAUUUUGUGCAAAUAAUGCAGUAUUCAACAGUGAAUUAAUGCACAGUUGAACUGUUUUCGAAACCAACUGUAGUUAAAGAUUUGAAUAAUAAUAUUCAUUGACUAAGUAAAUGAUUAUGCUGGUAAAGCCUUGUGGCAGAGAAUUAAUGUCGUUGAGAAAUAAAACAUUUAUCUUAGUCACUAAUUUUAAGGAUCGGUAAUCUGUAAUCCUAAAAAGGAUGAAAAAUAUAUGUGUAAGUUGAAAUAUUUGAAGAAAAACCGGUAAUUUCCAAAAGUUCUGGUUAUUGCUUGCGCUUAAUAUCGAUAUUUGUAAAAUUAAUAUUUAAAAAAUAUUAAAGCUUUAUGAAGUUGUUUGAGAAAGAAAAUCGAAACGAUAACUCACUAUAAAAUAGCUUUUUAUGAAGCGCCCAAACAAGAACAAAAAACAAAAAAAACUGAAAAUAUACUCAGCAUUUGCGCACUGGACGAAAUUACCCAUAAUAAUAAUAAUCACAUUACUGUGUACCGCAGUUAUAAUUUCAAUCGCAAGGGAAAGAGAUGUUAGUCGUGAAAUAAUUUUACAUCCAUGUCUGUAAAUAUUUAUGUUUUUAUAUGUAUACAUAAAAACGAAAAGUGAA